CAUUCUCUACAACUCCCUGAAUUGGUGGAAAAUCUGCUGCAUCAGCUGCAGGAGAAUUUCGAAGCUCCGACUGAAGAAGUACCUCUGAGAAUAGAAUAAAUGUGCAAGCACAUUGAUGAUCUUGAGAAGCAUGUUGCUGACCUGAUGACAGAGGCUGGGAUGGAACAUAACAAUGAAGGAUUAAGUUUUACUGUAUUUUAA